AUGCCAGCAGCCUCUGGAAAGAGAUUCAAACCCAGCAAGUACGUCCCGGUCUCCGCUGCUGCCAUCUUCCUAGUGGGAGCCACCACCCUCUUCUUCGCCUUCACGAUGGUGGUGAUGUGCGUGGCCGGGCUGUUCUUCAUUCCCGUCGCUGGCCUGACGGGGUUCCACGUGGUGCUCGUGGCCAGGGGCCGCACUACCAACGAACAGGUAACAGGCAAGUUCCGUGGGGGUGUCAACCCCUUCACCAACGGUUGUUGUAAGAACGUCAGCCGGGUCCUCUGCAGCUCCCCGGCCCCCAGGUACCUUGGGCGCCCGAAGGCCGAGCAGACGGUGCUGGUGAGACCCCCCUUCCUGCGGCCCGAGGUGUCGGAUGGUCAGAUCACUGUCAAGAUCAUGGACAACGGUAUCCAGACAGAGCUGAAGAGGACGAAGUCCAAGGGGAGCCUGGAAGUGACGGAGAGCCAGUCUGCUGACGCCGAGCCGCCACCCCCACCUAAGCCCGACCUCAGCCGCUACACGGGCCUGAGGACACACUUAACCCUGGCCACCACCGAGGGCUCGCUGCGUCCUGCCUCUGGGGCAGAGGAGCCCUGGCCCAGCCUCAGCCUGGCUCUGUGGGCUCAGGGUGCUGUCCCUGCAGUGUUUCUGAUGACUUGCAAGCCCCCUCUGUACAUGGGCCCCGAAUACAUCAAGUACUUCAGCGACAAGACCAUCGAUGAGGAGCUGGAGAGGGACAAGCGGGUGACGUGGAUCGUGGAGUUCUUCGCUAACUGGUCCAGUGAGUGCCAGUCCUUCGCCCCCAUCUUCGCCGACCUCUCUCUCAAGUACAAUUGCCAGGGGCUGCAGUUUGGGAAGGUGGACGUGGGCCGGUACACGGACGUCAGCACCAGGUACAAAGUCAGCACCUCGCCCCUCACCAAGCAGCUGCCCACCCUCAUCCUGUUCCAGGGGGGCACGGAGAUCAUGCGGCGGCCGCAGAUCGACAAGAAGGGCCGGGCCGUGUCCUGGACCUUCUCUGAGGAGAACGUGAUCCGGGAGUUCAACCUCAACGAGCUCUACCAGAAGGCCAAGAAGCAGUCGAAGCCGCGGGAGGAGGGGCCCGAGGAGGCCCCGCCCGCGCCCGCAGCCGCCGGGCACCCCGAGGGGGAGACCAAGAAGGACAAGUAGAAGCUGCCCUGCGCUGUCGCCCAUCACCACGCCGCCAUCACCCUGGUGGCACCGGCCUCGCCCGGCCCUG